CCACGACCGUAAAUACGAUGGAGGACAAGACCAAGCCGUCGCUCCGGUCGGUCAUCAACAACCUGCAGUCGUGCUUGGACGAGAUGCUGCCGGACCAGCUGCGCAACGAGUCGGCGACCAUCUUCCAGCAGCACCUCGCGACGCAGCGGGACAAGGGCCCGUCCGAGCGCACGACGUGGAAGGGCGGCCUCUACUACCGCUACAUCCUCGAAGCCCUCAAAGUCCACCGCGAAUGGUACAACCGCAACCAGCAGUACGUGCAGCUCAAGAAGGACGAGAAGCGGCUCGAAGCCCACGUGGCGACCUUGCGCAGCAUCAUGGCCUCGUCUUUAAGCACACUCGAGCUCGAGGUGGGGCUCCGCGAGGCUGAGCUCGAGGGCCGCGUCGGGACGUACAAGGUCAUGUUUGAGGUCUCCAAGAUUGCUUCCGCGCUCAGCCGUCCUCUUGUCAAGCUGCAGGUCUUGAAGCCGAACGACUCGUCCAUCUCGAUCUACUGCGACACGUUUGUCCUGGAUAUCAUCCUCUCGGGCGGCGACGGCGAGAUUGAGUCGACGACGCUCGUCACCGUCAUCAAAGAGCAAUCGAGUCAGUUUCCCGAGCGCGACGAAGACCUCCUUCGGAGCCUCCAGGCGCUUGUGGCUGGCGACAGCCAACCGUUUACGACCAAGCUCUAUCGGCUCGUGAACCGUGCCGAGCUCGCCGUCAAGUUCCCGCAGACCAACUUUGACAAGCUCGAAAAUGAAAUGUUUGCGAUGCUGCAGCAAGUCUGCGCGCGCUCGCCAAAAUGGAGCAUUGCGCGCGGCGUCGACGGCGUCCUCAUCACGUUCAAGGACGAGCUCCAGUGCUUCCCACUCUUCGACGAGCCGCCGCAAAAGCGCGCCAAGCGGGCGCACGACGAGGACGUAGACGCGAGCGCCGACCGCGGCGGCUGGCGCGAGUGGACGGGCUGCGUCACGUUCACCGAGUGGAAGAGCUCGGUGGUCAUGCACGUGCUCUGCGACACGCCGCUCAUCAUGUCGGGCAUCCAGUCGCGCCGGCUCGCGGCCACGAUCCUCGGUUACCAAGACGAGUUGCGCGAGAAGGCGUUCAUGGAGCUCGCCAACAAGGCGCCGUCGGCCACCAAGACCAAGGAAGACAAGAGCGCGUUUCCGAUCUCGCUCGAGUCCCACUUGCGCUUUGUGCGCGAGGGCAGCACCAACAUCGUGCUCUCGGCGACGCAGAACAUGGGGCUCGUCCUCGACUGCGCGCUCGUGACCAAGGAGAUUGCGGGCGGUGUGCAUUUCCACGCCUUCCCCAUCCCGAUGCUGCAAGCGUCGACGGACAGCCUCGUGCGCAUCUUUGGGGUCGUGGGCCACAGCCUGUUCUUCCAGUCGAUCCUCGCGAGCUGCUUUCUCGGGCGCCGCAAUGUCUUUGGCCGCAACGAAGUUCUCGAAAUGGACAAUGGCGCCAUGACCAAAGUCGCGAUGCAAGUCGAGGUCGCAGCGCCGACGUCGAUGACGCUCAAGCUCACGAGCGACGUGCUGGAGGGCGAGAGCUUCCACAUUGAGGUCGAGACGAAGGAGGACUACUCGAUGCACGUGCGGCUGCGCAACCACCCGGCGCUCAACGCGGCGGCCGCGCAGAUCGCGUCGGCGUGUCACUCGCUGCCGCUGCUCUGCUACUUUCUCUUGCAGUCGUCCAUGAAGAGCGCCAUGAUGCUCGCCGACACGCUCCCCGAAAAGCUCGCGACCGACGUCGACGCGCUCGAGAAUGACGCGGGCGACGUGGUCGACGACGACGACAUGGCCGUCGGCAACGACAUUCUCCUCGACGACGAAAACUUUUAUUAACGCAGCGUACGAGUAAUACCGUACGAUCCAUUGCCUCGGA